AUGGCAACUCUUCUCAAUGGACAGAGGGGCGGGAGCUCGGGACAGAGGGGCGGGAGCUCGGGACAGAGGGGCGGGAGCUCGGGACAGAGAGGGGCUCUGGGCUGGGGAGGGGUUCUGGUGCCUCUGGGGACAGAGCGGGCAGGGGAGACUCCGGCAGCAGUGCCGGACAGGCGGGAGCUCCGGCAGCAGCGCCGGACAGGGGAGACUCCGGCAGCAGCGCGGACCGGAGACUCCGGCAGCAGCGCCGGACAGGGGAGACUCCCAGCAGCGCCGGACAGCGGGGACUCCGGCAGCAGCGGGAGGAGGAAGGCUCUGCCAGAUUCUGGCUGA